ACGGUUGUUGUUAAUGAGAAUCCAUUUUCUCCGUGAAUAAUGGGACAAUCGAUUUCAAACUUUCGUCACUGGGCGCUACUUUUAUUUUAUCAAAUUUUUCUUGGGUCCUGAAAAAUCAGUGAUUUUGAUUUAUUAUAGCUGUUAUCGUCCAUGCCAUGUUUUUGGCGAAUUGACCAACCGACGUCGUCCAUAGAGCCAACUGAUGGAUGAGGUGUUUUUCACUUGAACUGGAUUAGUAGAAGCACAGAGUGCUCCUGUUAUUGAAAACAAUUCGACGAACUUUUGAAGAUGACCUAGCCAUACACGUGAUUACAACGGUGAAGUGUUGGACGAUGCGCACUAGCACUGUCCGCCGAUCUUUAAAACAAACUAUGUGCUCGAGUAGGUUCCACAUCAUAGUUCAAGAAAUUUAUUUCAAAAGAGAUAUCAAUAAAGCGUAGAUGCAUGGAUACAGAAAAAAUCAUUAAGAAAGCUCGUGUUUGGGUGGACGGAUGCUUUGAUAUGGUUCAUUUUGGUCAUGCAAACGUAUUUCGCCAGGCAAAGAUGCUUGGAGACUACAUCGUGGUUGGCGUCCACAGCGAUGAGGAAAUUACAAAGGCUAAAGGUCCACCUGUUUUCAACGAAAACGAGAGAUACAAAAUGGUUCGUUCUAUCAAAUGGGUUGAUGAAGUAGUUGAGGAUUCUCCCUACCUCCCCACGGCUGAAUUACUCGACAGGUACAAGUGCGAUUUUGCGAUUCAUGGAGAAGAUAUUAGCCUAACUCAUGAUGGUCAUGAUGCGUACCAGAACUUGAAAGAUGGCGGUCGAUAUAAAGAAGUUUGUCGAACGCAAGGUAUCUCUACGACAAACAUUAUAGAGCGUAUGCUGAAAAUUGGAAAUCCGGACAAAGGUCGCCCCAAUACAAAAGAGGGUAACAAUAAUUUCAGCAACUUACAGCAAACCACCAGUACCGACACCGCACCACAUUUCUUGACAGUAAAAGAGAUUGCCGAAUUCACGACUUUCCGGGAAAUAAAGACAUCCGAUAAGGUGGUAUAUGUAGCAGGGGCGUUCGAUUGUUUUCAUAUAGGCCACUUAUCGUUACUGGAAAAAGCUGCAACUAUUGGCAGCUAUAUUAUAGUAGGCCUCCACUCGGACUCAGACGUUUGUAGAUACAUGGGACAUAAGUACCCCGUGAUGAAUUUGAACGAACGUAUGCUGGGCGCUUCAGCGUGCCGGUACGUCGACGACGUUGUUGUUGGCGCGCCGUACGUUAUUUCGAAAGAGCUUCUGUCAUAUUUGAAAAUCGAUGUCGUUCUCCACGACAACAAUAUACCCAUUCCGACCAAGGAAUUAUCAAUAGAUCCUUAUGAGGAGCCGAAACGACAGGGUAUAUUUCAGUUAGUGGAUACUGAACAAUCGCUUACUACGCCAGAAUUGGUGGCGAGAGUAACUGAACAAUGGGAAAUGUAUCGAGGUCGAAAUUCAAAAAAGCAAUUGAGAGAAAUUAGAAUUCAUGGAAAUGGAAAAAAAAAUUCUGGACACAUUACUGGCUAAAAGGCUCCUUAAACAAGUUUACACGCAAUUGAUACCUUCAAAUAAUGUAUUCAAUGUAAGAAAAUUGUAUUUACAUCUGUUUCAAUGUGCUAUCUAUUUGAUAACGAAGUAUUAUUUAACUGGUUUUAAAAAUAUAUUACUUACGUAUUUAUAUCUGAACGACAAUUUGGAAUAAACCUAUUAUAGG